AUGUUAAGAUCAGUUAAAUCAAUCACACAAAACUCAACAAAAUUAUCACAAUUUAUUAGAUUUGCAUCAACAAAAAAAUAUGAUGUUGUAGUUAUUGGAGGAGGACCAGGUGGUUAUGUUGCAGCUAUUAAAGCAGCUCAAUUAGGUUUAGAUACUGCAUGUAUUGAAAAAAGAGGAGCAUUAGGAGGUACAUGUUUAAAUGUUGGUUGUAUUCCAUCAAAAUCUUUAUUAAAUAAUACUCAUUUAUUACAUCAAGUUCAACAUGAAGCAAAAGAUAGAGGUAUUGCUAUUGAUGGUACUGUUGGAGUUGAUUUUGGGAAAUUAAUGGCAGCUAAAGAAAAAUCAGUUAAACAAUUAACUGGUGGAGUUGAAAUGUUAUUUAAAAAGAAUAAAAUUGAUUAUUUAAAAGGAACAGGAUCAUUUGUUGAUGAAAAAACAGUAAAAGUUGAACCAAUUGAAGGUGGUGAACCAAUUGAAGUAGAAGCUGAUAAUUUUAUAGUUGCAACUGGUUCAGAACCAACUCCAUUCCCAGGUAUUGAAGUUGAUGAAGAAAGAAUUGUUACUUCAACAGGUAUAUUAUCAUUAAAAGAAAUUCCAGAAAGAUUAGCUAUAAUUGGUGGUGGUAUUAUUGGAUUAGAAAUGGCUUCUGUUUAUGCUAGAUUAGGAUCAAAAGUUACUGUAUUGGAAUUUCAAAAUUCAAUUGGUGCAGGUAUGGAUGCUGAAGUUUCUAAAACUACUCAAAAAUUAUUAAGUAAACAAGGUUUAAAUAUUAAAACUGGUACUAAAGUUUUAUCAGGUAAAAGAGAAGGAGAUGUAGUUAAAAUUGAAGUUGAAGAUGCUAAAUCUGGAAAAAAAGAAGAUUUAGAAGCUGAUGUAUUAUUAGUAGCUGUUGGUAGAAGACCAUAUACAGAAGGUUUAAAUUUAGAAGCAGCAGGGUUAGAAAAAGACAAUAAAGGAAGAUUAGUAAUUGAUGAUCAAUUUAAAACUAAACAUGAUCAUAUUAGAGUAAUUGGAGAUGUUACAUUUGGUCCAAUGUUAGCUCAUAAAGCAGAAGAAGAAGGUAUAGCAGCAGCAGAAUAUAUCAAAAAGGGUCAUGGACAUGUUAAUUAUGCAAAUAUACCCUCAGUAAUGUAUACUCAUCCAGAAGUAGCUUGGGUUGGAUUAAAUGAAGAACAAUUGAAAGAAAAAGGUAUAAAAUAUAAAGUUGGAAAAUUCCCAUUUAUUGCUAAUUCAAGAGCUAAAACAAAUUUAGAUACUGAUGGAUUUGUUAAAAUUAUAGCUGAUGCAGAAACUGAAAGAUUAUUAGGAGCUCAUAUUAUUGGUCCAAAUGCUGGAGAAAUGAUUGCUGAAGCUGGUUUAGCUUUAGAAUAUGGUGCUUCUACUGAAGAUAUUGCAAGAACUUGUCAUGCUCAUCCUACUUUAUCUGAAGCUUUUAAAGAAGCUGCUUUGGGAACUUUUGAUAAACCAAUUAAUUUUUAA